CUUCGCAUAACGUCCCAAAGGCGUCGAACAUUUGUCUCCGCACUUUUCGGGCUCACAUUCUUCGCCGCGGUACUGACCGUGUCUGCAUCGAAUAUCCUGCCUUGCCCAGUGCGGCCUAAUAGAAACCGGUAUGCAGACAGUGAAGAGACAGUAAGUGGAGGUGGCGUGACAGGUAUAGUGGAAAAGCGGCCGGGGAGGUGGAUACAGGAG